UGCAGGAUGAAACCAAACCCCGACCCAACUCGCACAGAACUGUGAACAAACAAAGCCUAUUAUAGCUCCAUCUCAACUGUCAAGCAAAGCAACUAUCUCUCUUUGUUGUUGCUUCUUCUUCUUCUUCUUCUUCUUCUUCUUCGACACUAUAAAACUUGGAAAAGCAUAAAAUGUCCGAACCGCAUGAACCUCAACUCCGAACCGCAGAGAGCUUUGUCGAAGAAAGCUCCUCAAAACGACCUCCUAAGCUCGUCGUUUUAGCCGACCUCAACGACGAACCUCCUGAAGCCGACGACAACGACUCCCUCCACGUCUCACCUCCAGACCUCUCCAGGUUGACUAAUGAUGAGAGCAGUCAGGAUAAGAGUACAGUGAUGUGUAAGGACAGCGAGACCAUGGAAGGUGAAGUUAAACGGUCAAACAAAUCAGGGAAAUUCCGUUCUAGAAAUAGUAAAGCGGACUGCUCUCCUGAUUAUGGAGCUGAUGCUGAUGGCGAUCAGCAGGGUCAAGGAGUUCCUUCGUUGCGUGAGGAGAAAGUUAGCAGUCUUAAAACUGGAUUAGUUCAUGUUGCAAGGAAGAUGCCCAAAAAUGCUCAUGCUCAUUUUAUACUUGGCCUUAUGUACCAAAGGUUGGGUCAACCUCAGAAGGCAGUUUCGGCAUAUGAGAAGUCAGAAGAGAUCUUACUCCGCCCUGAGGCAGAGAUUGACAGGCCAGAGUUGCUUUCAUUGGUUCAAAUUCACCAUGCACAGUGUCUUAUACUAGAAAGUUCGGGGGAUAAUAAUUCAGAUAAAGAACUUGAACCCAAAGAGCUUGAGGAGAUUCUUUCUAAAUUGAAGGAGUCAAUGCAGUCAGAUAUCAGGCAGGCAGCUGUGUGGAACUCCCUAGGCUUGAUACUUCUUAAAACUGGUCGUCUGCAGAGUGCUAUUACGGUUCUAUCAUCAUUGUUGGCUGUUUCCCCUGACAACUAUGAUUGCCUUGGAAACCUUGGGAUUGCUUACCUUCAAAAUGGAAAUUUGGAUCUAUCUGAAAGAUGUUUCCAGGAUUUGAUUCUAAAGGAUCAAAAUCAUCCUACUGCCUUGAUCAACUAUGCUGCCCUUCUUUUAUGUAAACAUGGCUCGGUUGUAGCAGGUGCUGGGGCAAAUGCUGGUGAAGGUGCUUUCACAGAGCAGGUUACAGCUGUCAAUGUUGCAAAGGAAUGUUUGCUAGCAGCUUUAAAAGCAGAUCCAAAAGCAGCACAUAUAUGGUCAAAUCUUGCUAAUGCAUAUUAUAUGACUGGGGAUCAUAGGAGUUCUGGCAAGUGCUUGGAGAAGGCAGCAAAAUUGGAGCCCAAUUGUAUGUCUACCCGAUAUGCUGUUGCGGUUAACCGAAUCAAGGAUGCAGAAAGGUCUCAAGAUCCUAGUGAACAACUUUCUUGGGCUGGAAAUGAAAUGGCUUCAAUUAUAAGAGAUGGGGAUUCUAUUCUGAUUGAUCUUCCCGUGGCAUGGGCAGGGCUAGCCAUGGUUCACAAAGCACAACAUGAGAUUUCUGCUGCAUUUGAAUCUAAGCAAAGUGAGUUGAUGGAUUUGGAAGAUCGGGCAUUUAACAGCUUAAAGCAGGCAAUCGCAGAGGAUCCAGAUGAUGCUGUCCAGUGGCAUCAGCUUGGCCUUCAUAGCCUCUGCACUCGACAAUUCAAAACAUCACAGAAGUACCUGAAAGCGGCAGUAGCACGUUUUAAAGAGUGCAGUUGUGCAUGGUCAAAUCUUGGUAUCUCACUGCAACUAUCAGAGGAGCGAUCACAAGCUGAAGAAGUGUACAAGCGGGCCUUGACAUUGGCAUUAACUGGACAAGCACAUGCUAUAUUUUCCAACCUUGGAAAUCUUUACCGCCAGCAAAAACAAUAUGAGCGUGCAAAAGCAAUGUUUACAAAGUCACUUGAACUUCAACCUGGCUAUGCUCCUGCAUUCAACAAUCUGGGACUUGUAUUUGUUGCUGAGGGUCGUUGGGAGGAAGCAAAGUAUUGUUUUGAAAAAGCCCUCCAAGCAGACCCAUUGCUAGAUGCAGCCAAGUCCAACAUGAUUAAAGCUGUGUCCAUGUCUAGAUUGUGUGAAGGUUUGAACUCAUGUCUUCUGCGGGACUAAUAUGUACUCUUUUGAAGGAAGCUCUUACCCCCCAAAAAAAUAGUUAGAUAGCUUUUCUCAAUCAUGAAAUUGUGAUUGUAAAAUGACAGUUUAAAAUGAAUCUGAUGAAGCAUGCCUUACCCUGUAUCCCUAUGCUCAAAUUUAGAAUGACAGUUUUUCUUCAAUUUUCCCCUCUA